CUGCCAUUGGUAAAAAAAGUGAAAUUAUCUCUCUCUUCUCACAUGUUCUCUUCGAAUUUUGCUUGCUCUUCUUCUUACACGACCAAUCGGAAUUUUCGCAGCUUUCAGAAACUUUACACAGAAGAGCAGGAUCUAAUUGUUGCAUCGAGUUGAUUGCUAUGACAUAGAAAAUUCUAAUUCCGGGAAGGCCUCAGAGUUUGCACUAACCUCAUAAAUCGGCUCUGGACAUUGUUGAUUGUAAUUGAACAAGAAUGUGUAGGCAAAACUGUCGCGCUAAGUCCUCGCCUGAGGAAGUGAUUUCAACUGAUGAGAAUCUCUUGAUAUAUUGUAAACCUGUUCGACUAUACAACAUCUUUCACCUUCGCUCUCUAUGCAACCCAUCGUUUCUUCCAAGAUGCUUGAACUACAAAAUUGGAGCAAAGCGCAAAAGAAAGUCAAGAUCUAAUGGGAUGGUAGUUUUCAACUAUAAGGAUUGUAAUAACACUUUACAGAAAACUGAAGUUAGGGAAGAUUGUUCUUGUCCAUUUUGUUUUAUGCUAUGUGGCAGCUUCAAGGGGCUUCAAUUUCAUUUGAAUUCGUCUCAUGAUUUAUUUGAAUUUGAGUUCAAGCUUUCUGAAGAAUACCAGACAGUUAAUGUUUCUGUAAAACUUGAUUCCUUCAUAUUUGAUGAGGAAGAAGGAAGCGAUGACGAUAAAUUUGAGCCCUUCUCUCUCUGCUCGAAACCUCGUAAGCGUAGACAAAGAGGUGGCAAAAAUAACACAAGACGACUUAAAGUUCAAUUUUUACCACUGGAUUCACCCAGUUUAGCUAAUGGCACAGAAGAUGGACUUGCCCUACUGAAUUAUGGAAACCGUGGUCUAGGAUAUCCCGAGGCAACUGGACUGUUUGAGAUGACUAGAAACACUCCGCCUGCCAUAGCUCAUUCUUCUCUGGGCGCUGAUGCAAAAGUUGUAUUAACAAGCGAAGCUGUGGUCUCUGCUACUAGGACAAAAAAAUUAUCUGCUGAGCGAUCAGAGGCUAGAAGCCACCUGCUUCUUCAGAAACGCCAAUUCUAUCAUUCUCACAGAGUGCAGCCAAUGGGGCUUGAACAAGUAAUGUCUGAUCGGGAUAGCGAGGAUGAAGUCGAUGACGUUGUUGCAGAUUUCGAAGAUCGCCAGCUGCAGAUGCUUGAUGAUUUUGUGGAUGUGAAUAAAGAUGAAAAGCAAUUCAUGCAUCUUUGGAACUCAUUUGUAAGAAAGCAAAGGGUCAUAGCAGAUGGUCAUAUCUCAUGGGCAUGUGAAGCAUUUUCAAGAUUUUACGAGAAGGAGUUGCACAGUUACUCAUCUCUCUUCUGGUGCUGGAGAUUGUUUUUGAUCAAACUAUGGAACCAUGGACUUGUCGACUCAGCCACCAUCAACAACUGCAGUACCAUCCUCGAGAAUUGCCGUAAUAGCUCAGACACCAUCAACAAUACAAGUGUGGAUCAUCCCAAUGACAUAAGCAACAAGAACACUGACGGUAUGGAUGUUGACAACAAUGACAAUAACACCAGAGACAAUUAAAUCAAAUAGGAAGAUGAUACCGAUUUAUCAGAUUGUAACUUGUUCUUCUUUUACUUUAAAAAUAUUUAGGAGCAAACAAAAAGAUGUAUUCAACUGAUUUACAUUUUUCAAUGUAUGCCUAAUUUAAAAAAAAAAAAAAAUUAAAAACU